AUGUAUUUCGACACACAAAAGGAAGAAACGAAUAAAUCACCACCUUCUGCUGGUACUAGUCAUAGUAUACCGAACAUGCAGGGCACAACACCUUUAAACCGACCUGAUCAAGGAGCACAAAUUCCUCGAGGUCGGACGAUGGGUCCUCCUCCUCAGCCUCCUAUGGGUUACCGUUCAGCAAUAUACGGUUCACCCGUACCGAGGAUGGAGAUGCCGCGUACUAAUGGAAACAUGCCUAAUGGAGGUUCCAUACCAAGCCGAAGGGCUACAGCACCAGCCUCAACAACACUAAUCUCUGAUGAGAAACCAAACGAAAAAACAAGUUAUGAGAAUGACGUUCUCGCUUAUUCAGGAGUUGACCUAAAAGCAGAAGAAAAUAAUAUACGAAGGGAGUAUGAAUUGUUGACGUCGCGUCACUCCACCACAUCAAUACAACAACCGGACCGUUCGCGGGCCCAAAGUUUUUUAAAUCAUAAGAUAUUGGCCGCGAAAGUACAAUCCAUAGCAUUACAACAUAAAAUAUCAAAUGCCCACCCUGACGCAUUAACUUACCUGGCACUUGCCACACAAGAGAGAAUCAGGGAACUAGUGGAAACAAUGAUAACUGCCAAAAAUCAUCGGAUACACUCUGAGCGCAUAAACCUUCCGCCGGUCACCGAUGGCAAACCUCCAAUGUAUAAAGAAAUUGUUAGUUUAGAUGUGCGAUCACAGUUAGCCGCGAUGGAAAAGGUAGAAAGGGAGCAAGAGCGCAGAAGACGUGAGCAAUUGGCGGGUCCCUCGCAAGAGUCUAAUGUGGAUGAUGAGAAAAUGGAAGAUUUUACCACCGAGUCUAUCGCAAAGAGUACAAACCAAACUGCGCUGGUAGCUGCUGGAGGGUUAACAAAGAGUUGGAUGUUACCACAAAAAGAUGUUUCAUCAUUUGUUUCCACAUCAAAUGGUGUAUCGUCAUCCAAUAGUAAACUAUCGCGUGUGCGCGCGCGUUUAACUUCAGAUGUGCGAAAUGUUCCAAUGAAGCUGGAAGAUAGUAAUGAAAGUUCACGCAACGCACAGAUCAUCUCCUCAUACCACACGCCAGAAAGGUUUAAUGGAUUAGGCAGGUAUCAACCGAACGGAGGGAAUGAGGUUGUACCAACGGUCACGGUGAAAGAUGCUCUUUUUGUGCUCGAAAGAGAUCGCGGUGGUGGCGGUCAAGCUGGUGGAAGUCGAGAAGUCUUAAUGAAGGGUUAUGUAAAGUGGCUUCGCUAA